AUGUCUGAAAUUCAAAAACAUCCAGAAACGACCGAGAAAUGGUGGAAGGAGGCAGUGGUUUAUCAAAUAUAUCCAGCUAGUUUCAAAGAUUCAAAUGGAGACGGCUGGGGUGAUCUUAAUGGAAUUAGAUCAAAACUAUCAUAUUUGAAAAAGCUUGGUAUCGAUGCAGUUUGGGUUUGUCCAUUUUAUGAUUCCCCUCAAGAUGACAUGGGUUAUGAUAUUGCGAAUUACGAGAAAGUCUGGCCUACUUACGGAACAAAUGAUGACUGCUUCAAUCUUAUUAAAGAAGCACAUAAUUUGGGUAUGAAACUUUUUGUUGAUUUGGUCAUUAACCAUUGCUCUGAUGAGCACGAAUGGUUUAAGGAAUCAAAGAGCAGCAAAUCAAAUCCCAAGAGAGAUUGGUUCUUCUGGAGACCUCCAAAAGGAUAUACGAAGGACAACAAGCCUAUUCCUCCAAACAACUGGGGUUCUAUUUUUGGAGGAUCCGCAUGGGAAUUUGAUAACAGCACUAAGGAAUUUUAUUUGCAUUUAUUUGCUAAGGGCCAGCCUGAUCUUAACUGGGAAAACGAUGAGUGUAGAAAUGCUAUUUUUGAUACCUCCAUUGGCUUCUGGCUAAAGCAUGGUGUCGAUGGCUUUAGAAUUGAUACCGCUGGAUUGUAUUCCAAGCUCCCUGGUCUUCCGGACGUUCCAAUUAGUGAUCCAAAGCGAGAAUUUCAACACCCAGACCCAGGAUCCCUGAACGGACCAAGAAUCCAUGAAUUCCACAAAAUGAUGAAAAAAUACAUGCAAGGUAUUGUCGGCCCAGACAAGGAAAUUUUCUCUGUGGGAGAAGUCGGUCAUGCAUCAAAAGAGGUGUUCAUGAAAUACACAGGGGCAAACAGAAAUGAAAUUUCUGAAUUGUUUGUUUUUGACCAUGUCGAUGUUGGUAGUUCCAAAACUUUUAAGUACAACUUGGUGCCAUUUGAUUUAAAGGAAUGGAAGCAAGCUUUGGCCUCAAGCUUUGAUUGGAUUAAUGGAACAGAUUGUUGGUCUUCCGUCUUUCUAGAGAAUCAUGAUCAGCCAAGAUCUGUUACACGGUUUGGUGAUGAUUCAACUGAAAAAGCUCGUACUGCCUCGGCUAAGUUGCUAGCAACUAUGCUUGUUUCCUUUACUGGUACAUUAUUUGUUUAUCAAGGACAGGAAUUAGGCUGUACCAACUUCAAAGCCAACGGAAUUUCUGAUUAUGAAGAUGUGGAUGCAAAUGGUCAUUAUGAAGAGUUUACUGAAAGAUUUGGUGCAGACUCCAAAGAAGUUCGUGGUAUGAUUGAUGGAUUAGCCUUGAUGUCACGGGACCAUUCUAGAACACCUUUCCCAUGGUCAUCGGAAGGUAAGUACGGUGGUUUCAGCUCUUCUAAACCAUGGUUCCACAUGAACGAGAACUUCAAGCAGGGUAUUAAUGUGGAGGAUGAAGAAAAUGAUCCUGAUUCCGUUCUUAACUUCUGGAGAAAGGCUAUUGCCGCCAGGAAGCAACAUAAAGACUUACUUGUGUAUGGAUAUGACUUUAAGUUCUAUGACUUGGACAAUAAAAAGUUGUUUGCAUUCACUAAAAAGUACGGGGACACCACUUUAUUUGCUGCCUUGAACUUUUCUGGUGAGACUUUGAAGUUCAAUUUACCAAAGGGCCAAUAUUCCAAAUUCUUUGGAACUCACUCUGAUGGGGAGAAAAAGAUUUGUUGA